UCACCAGGGGGCAUGCACAUAGUAGUAAUACUAAUAAUAAUAAUAAUGUAUUUCAGGAAAGCCUGCUACGACGAGCCUCCAUCGUUUCAAGCACACGGCCGUGGUGUGAUGGAGAUGUGCGUUUAGGUUCAUGUGUCCGGCGGGUCUGCCCCUGGCUUUUUUUCUGGGGAAGAUCAUAUUGGAUCAUAUUGUUUGCAGGACGUUGUUCCUCCUGCAGCCCCCCCAGUCUAUCCCGACGUAGUUGUGAAUUGAACAUGGCGACUGUACCAGUAUAUUGCAUCUGCAGAUUACCUUACGACGUGACCCAGUUUAUGAUCGAGUGUGAUGCUUGCAAGGACUGGUUCCACGGCAGCUGUGUUGGGGUGGAUGAAGAUGAUGCUCCAGACAUUGACGUGUAUCACUGUCCAAACUGCGAGAAGAACCACGGCAAAUCCACAUUGAAAAAGAAAAAAAACUGGAGCAAACAUGACACGGGGCAAAGCACAGAUAUCAAAGCUGUUCAGAAUGGCAGUCAGGUUUUCAUAAAGGAGCUCCGCAGUAGGACCUUUCCAAGUGCUGAUGAUGUGCUGGUGAAGCUGAGCGGCAGUCAGCUGACCCUGGAUUACCUGGAGGAGGGCGGCUUCAACGAUCCGAUCCUGGUUCAGAAGAAGGACGGCCUGGGCAUGUCCAUGCCUGCUCCCACAUUCUACAUCAGCGAUGUGGAGAACUAUGUUGGUCCUGAUGUCGGCGUGGACGUCGUGGACGUCACCAAACAGACUGACAGCAAGAUGAAGCUCAAAGAGUUUGUGGAUUAUUACUACAGCACAAACAGAAAGAAAGUGUUAAAUGUCAUCAACCUGGAGUUCUCUGACGCAAGGAUGAAUAGUAUCGUGGAGAGUCCACAGAUUGUGCGACGAUUGUCGUGGGUAGAGAACUACUGGCCUGAUGACGCUCUGCUUGGGAAGCCCAAAGUCACCAAAUACUGUCUCAUCUGUGUCAAAGACAGCUACACAGACUUCCACAUUGAGUGCGGUGGCGCCUCCGUCUGGUACCACGUCCUAAAGGGAGAAAAGAUCUUCUUCCUCAUCAAACCCACGUCUGCCAACCUGUCUCUGUACGAGCGCUGGAGAUCAUCGUCCAAUCACAGCGAAAUGUUCUUUGCCGACCAGGUGGACAAGUGUUACAAAUGUACUCUGAAGCAAGGCCAGACUCUGUUCAUCCCAUCAGGUUGGAUCAAUGCAAUACUGACUCCGGUCGACUGCCUGGCCUUCUCUGGACACUUCGUCCACAACCUCAGUGUGGAGAUGCAGAUGAGAGCGUAUGAAAUCGAGAAGCGGCUAAAGGUCAAAACUCUCAACCCCUUCCCCAACUUUGAGACGGCGUGCUGGUACGUGGGACGACAUCUCCUCGAGCGAUUCAAAGGUUUACAUAAAGCAAAUAAGCAACCAGCCCCAUACCUGAUACAUGGUGCCAAAAUCAUCAAUGGAGCCUUCAGAGCUUGGACUAAAAAGCAGGCACUCUUGGAACAUGAAGACGAGCUUCCAGAGAACAUGAAACCAUCGCAGCUCAUUAAGGAUCUUGCCAAAGAGAUCAGACUGUCAGAGAAUGCAACAAAAGCCAUUAAGAGUGAGCCCAACGUGAAGGUACCGGUGGAGGAGCCCCCGUCCACCCACUCAGAGCCCGAAGAGCCCGUCUCCCCAGCCCAUGUCCCCUCGCCCAGCAGAGAGAAACCCAGAAAGAAAGCUUCCAAACCCCCCAAACCCCCCAAGCCUCCCAAACCCCCAAAGAUGCCCAAACCUCCGAAGGUGCCGAAGGUCAAGGAAGGAGGAAAGAAGAAAGCAAAGAAAGCAAAAGAGUCCUCGCCGCCUCCUAAACCCUCCAGCUUCGCAGCCCUUGAGUCCCAUGCGAAAGACAUCUUGAGUAAAAUGGACCAGCCGAAAAAGAUGAAGGCUGUUAAGAACGUCCUGAGCAUAACGGAGAAGGAAAUAUCGAAGCAGAACAACGUGGAGAAGUUUGAAAUCAGAGAGCAGAAUAAAAACAAGACUGAAGCAAAAUGGAAGUAUAAGAACAGUAAACCCGAUUCCCUGCUGAAAAUGGAGGAAGAGUGCAAAUUUGACAGAACGCCGCUGUUGGGCAAUAAGGACAGAUUCAGCUUUACUAUGUCUCACAAGAAAAUGCUUGGCUCCAAGACGCUGAAACCUCAGACCAACUCAAGUGUUUUUGGAUCAUUACAAAACCUAAAAGAGGACAAAACCAAACCAGUGAGAGACGAGUAUGAGUACGUCUCAGAUGAGGGGGAGCUGAAGAUUGACGAAUUCCCCAUCAGGCGGAAAAAGAACACCGUCAAGAGAGAUCUGUCCUUUUUGUCAGACAUCAAAGAACCCAUUCAGCCAGCCAAGAAACCAAAGUUCCAACCCUUGGUGACCAAGAGUGUGGACUCCUCAGAUGAAGAGACUCUGCACAUAGACACAGAGGCCAAGUCUGAAGUCAAAAGCCGCAACUCUAAGGUGAAGAAGAAGGGCAGCAGCGCUGCUGGGAUUCUUGACCUCCUGCAGGCGAGCAAGCAAGUGGGAGGGAUUGACUACAGCACCAACAGUCAGCCACCUGCAUCUCCCAGCACACAGGAGGCCAUUCAGGGCAUGCUGUCCAUGGCCAACCUGUCGUCUUCAGACAGCUUGCAGCAGCCGUGGAGCAACAGCCAGUCUAAAAGCAAUAGCCAGUCGAAGAGCAACUCUCACAGCACGCAGGGCGGCAAGAAGGCCAGCGGAGGAGCUGGUGGCGGCAACAGUAAGCGGCCCACCAAACGGCUCCCGAAGAAACCCAGGAAAAGCAGCAGUAUUGAGAGUCUGGAUUACGAUGACGACCAGGACCACAUGGACGCAUGUUUCAAGGACUCUGAUUAUGUCUACCCCUCGUUGGAAUCUGAAGAGGAUAAUCCUGUUUUCAAAUCCAGAUCGAAAAAACGGAAAAGUAGUGACGACACUCCAUACAGCCCGACAGCCCGUGUCGGGCCCUCAGUUCCUCGACAGGAGCGGCCGGCAAGAGACGGAGCCCGAGUGGCCUCCAUAGAAACGGGGCUGGCCGCAGCUGCAGCAAAGCUUUCUCAUCAGGAGGAGCAGCAGAAAACUAAGAAGAAGAAGAAAAGCACCAAAAAGAAGGCGAUUGUAAUUGAGGAGCCCCCGAAAAUCUCUCAGGACAGUAGCUCGCCGGAGCACAAUCUGGACUCCCAAGACGGCAGCUUGACGGACCACGAGUUCAACACUGGAACAGUCAAGUCGCCGGGAGGGCCACAGCCCAUGGCGCCGGGGGUUUUCCUCAGCCAGAGGCGGCCGUCAGUUUCUUCUCCCAACAACAGCACCAACUCCACGAGCACCAACAGCAGCAGCCUGGCCAAGGGGGAGCGGGGGGUGUCAGCAGACGCCAAAGCUAAGCGGCUAAAGAAAGGCAUGGCAACAGCCAAACAGAGACUUGGAAAGAUUUUAAAGAUCCAUCGAAAUGGAAAGCUCCUCCUGUAGCAUGCAGCAGAGCAGACUGCUGUCGGACUGGGAAUUCAUCCCCACCUCACUCUCACACCCCCCCUCCUCCCCCCCUCACUGAUUAAAGCCAACAAUGGAGAAAAAAAAGAGAAAAUCAUGCAUUUUCAAUUUCUAAGAAGAACAUCACUCAAAUAGGUUUUUGCCUCUACUUAUACUUUAUAACUUUCAGAUAUUAAAGUGUACAGAACCUACUAUAAAUAUUUUUUAAGAGAACAUGUCUCAUUUUACUACAGCUGUCAGUUUAUCAGGGGUUGCUAAAACAUGAAGUAGAAGUACAUUGCAGUCAUUCCAAGACUUUUUUGAAAGUAUCCCUUGCAUGUAUUCAGUUGCAUGUGCGCUUGGGUCAGGGUUGGGGGAUUUUUACAAAUUAAUUCCUACUAUAUGGAUGCAGCUUAUCAUUGCCAGCCAAGAUUCUCUGUGCAUCAACUUGAGCAUUUAUCUCUCUAUGUUAACACUUAGGUUCGCAGAGCACUGUCUAGCGGUGGUAUUUAUUUAUUUGUGUCGAGUCAUAAAUAGGAAGUGGGACUUCAACUGUAAAGCACAAAGUGAGUCAUGAGUACCGCUGUGUAUGAAACAGGAUGUUUGGACAUGAGAAGCGUAGGAUUUCUGUAGCUAAUGAUAAGCCUCAUCCAUGUCAGGUCUGCAGUUACAUGGGGAUACUUUCUCUCUUCUCUUGCUUUCACAGGCAGCACCUGUUUUUUUUACGGCUUCACGCAGUACAAUAUAUAGAAUGUAGCUUGUACAUAGCCUUUUAAAUUACUACUUUUUGUAUUCUUUCCCCUUAAGGUUUGAUUCUACAUUUUUACCGGUUUUGCUAAUUAUUAAUAAAUGAAUAAAAAUAUAUAUAUGGAUA